AUGAUGACUCAUCAAUCAAAGAAGGUCAACGACAAUGAAAGUUCAAGUGAUGAUGAAUCAAUUACACAAGGUUUCCCUGUUAAUGAUGACAAAAACGAUGAUAAUUCUGUCAAUGUAGAAUUCAAUGAUCUGAAUGCAGAAGAGAAAGAGAAUCCUCAUAUGGACAGUGGUAUCAUAGCUGAGUCAAAUGAUGAUGAUGAAUCACCACGUGAUGAUGAAACAACUGAUCCUGAAUCAAUGGAUGAAGAUAAAUGUCAUGCUUUCUAUGAAAUCGAACACCAAAAAGACAAAGUAAUGGAAGAAUUAUCAAUUGUAUUCGAAUUAUUGAACAUAGAUCCGAUCCAUGACAGGUUUGAGUCAAGGCCAAAUCAAGCUCGACGAUCGCUCGUUCUUCGAAAAAACAAUGGAAUUUUAGCUUAUCCACAAUGCCUACGGGGAAGUAAUCGUCCUUUAUCUGACUCAACAAUUGAUGCGAUGGUAAAGUUCUAUCGAGAAGAUGGUAUCAGUUGGACUUCAUCCAAUUCCAAAGACACAAUUAAAAUCAACGGACAACCAGUAGCAAUUCUGUUUUUAGAAAUGACUGUCUUAGAUGCCUACCAAAUAUUCAACGAACGUCAUCCUGAUACUGUUUCAAGGUCAAUUUUCAAUGCUCUUCAUCCAAAAGAAGUGAAGACUGCAACACCACAUGACACAUGCAUGUGUAUUAUUCACGAGAACAUGGAUCUGUUAUUAAAGGUUUGUAUCAGUUAUUUAUUAAUGCGAAUGUAA